AUGGAGUUUACUAAUAGCUUAUAUCGAGCGAACAUUACUCAUGCAAGUAAUCCUAUUACUUACCGAAGUCUAGAAAAAUUUAGUAUCUUCCCUGGACAUUCAGGUAAAGGUAUUAAUCUAAAAUGUCUUGGUUUCCCGAGACUCUUGUCAAGAUCUGGCCAUGUGCAAGCGUUAAAACAUAGCAACUCUUGUUGUGGGACUAUAUCAAGAAGGAAGGUAUACAAUCUUUUGUGGCAUUAUGAUUCUUGUAAAUCAGCCAUCUAUCCACCUGGGAGUAGUGUUAAAACGUCAAAGGAAAGAAAAGCACAGUGUCAAGGAAAUGAUUCAAUAGCUUUUGUUGAUGCCAAUGGCAGAGAUGUGAAUCUGUCUGAAGGAGAGAAUGAUGAGAGCUUGAGGACAGAGACUAACAUCAGGGAUGAUUUGAGUAUUUUGAAAGAAGAAUCACAAGGAGAAGAUCAACCAAAUGUGCCCAGUUUAGAAGAAUUGCGAGAGUUGCUACAAAAAGCACUUAAGGAUUUGGAGGCUGCACAAAUCAAUAGCACGAUGUACGAGGAAAAAGCACAAAAAAUAUCCGAAGCUGCUAUUGCAUUAAAGGAUGAAGCAGUAAAAGCUUGGAAUGAUGUCACUGAUGUCCUUAAUUGCAUUCAAGAGGUAGUCAAUGAAGAGACAAUUGCCAAAGAAGCUGUUCAGAGAGCAACAUUAGCUCUUUCCCUGGCUGAGGCAAGGCUUCAGGUGGCAGUUGAUUCAGUAAGAACUUCUAAAGAAGGCCAAGGGCUGUUGGAAACUCGUACGGAAGCUAGUUCUGGUGAUGAAAAUGGAGGGGAAGAACAAAAUGCAUUUCAAAAGGAAGGUGAAAUACUCCUGCUUGCUCAACAAGAUAUAAGGGAAUGUCAGGAAAAUUUGACAAAUUGUGAGGAUGAAUUGAAGAAUUUGCAAAGCAGAAAAGAAGAAUUGCAAAAAGAAUUGGAUAGGUUGAAUGAAAUUGCUGAGAGAGCAGAACUAAGUGUUUCAAAAGCGGAAGAAGAUGUAGCAAAUAUAAUGCUUUUAGCAGAGCAAGCUGUUGCUUUUGAGCUCGAGGUUGCCCAGCGGGUAAGUGAUGCAGAAAUUGCCUUGCAGAGGGCAGAGAAGAAUCUGUCAAUUGGUGAAAUUGAUGGCUCGGACACCACAGUACUCCAGAGUGGAUCAACAUCUCCAGAAAUGAAUGAUGAGUCUAUCACGGAGGAAGGAACUGAAGGUACUUUUGUCAGUGUUGGUGACAGCAAAGAUGGGACCAUAGAUGACAAUAAAUCAUUUUACGAGACUCCAGCUGAUAGUCAACCUGAUACCUCCUAUCAAAAAUAUGAGAGUUCAUCUGAUGGAAUUGAUGAUGAUAACGAGAAAUAUAAUAUAGAUUUGAACAGAGAUUCUGAAAUAGAAGCAGAGAAGUUUAAAACUGCUCAAACAAAAAACCAGGAACCUCUGAAAGACCCAAGUGGCUCACCAUUGAAUACUCCAAAAGCAUUACUGAAAAAGUCUUCCCGAUUCUUUUCAGCCUCAUUUUUUUCUGCUGCUGAUGAAGAAUUUACACCUGCCUCAGUGUUCCGUGGUCUUCUGGAUUCAGCCAGGAAGCAAUUGCCUAAAUUGUUGGUUGGUUCAUUAGUUGUGGGAGCAGGAUUUGCAUUUUAUGUCAAGCGGGCAGACAGGAUUCCUCAGUUCUUCCAGCAGCCAGAUACCGUCGUUUCUAGUAUUGAUGAAGUUUCUAUCAAUGCAAGGCCUUUUGUUAGACAAUUACGUAAAGUGCCUCAAAAGAUUAAAAAGCUGAUGGAGAUGCUUCCUCAUCAAGAGGCAAUUCUUCAAAAUGCCUGUUACCAGUUUUCUUACUCCUGUUGCCACUUUUCUUCUCCCAUUUCGCUUAUAUCUGUUUUCCAUGCUUUUCAGGUCAAUGAGGAGGAAGCUUCGCUUUUCGACAUGCUGUGGUUGUUGCUAGCAAGUGUCAUAUUUGUACCGAUUUUCCAAAAAAUCCCUGGAGGCAGUCCGGUUCUUGGGUACCUUGCUGCUGGAAUUUUGAUUGGACCUUAUGGCCUUUCAAUCAUUCGUCAUGUGCACGGGACAAAGGCCAUAGCAGAAUUCGGAGUUGUGUUCUUGCUAUUCAAUAUUGGCCUUGAGCUUUCUGUUGAACGUUUAAGUUCCAUGAAGAAAUAUGUUUUCGGCUUGGGCUCUGCUCAGGUCUUGCUGACUGCUACAGUGGUUGGUUUGCUUGCUCAUUAUGGGGUUGGUCUGGCUGGUCCUGCUGCAAUUGUCAUAGGGAAUGGUCUGGCACUUUCGUCUACGGCCGUUGUCCUUCAGGUACUACAAGAACGAGGUGAAAGCACUUCACGCCAUGGACGAGCAACAUUCUCUGUUUUACUUUUUCAGGAUUUGGCUGUGGUGGUUUUGCUUAUUCUUAUACCUCUUAUUUCACCAAAUUCGUCUAAAGGAGGGAUUGGUUUUCAAGCGAUUGCUGAAGCCCUUGGAUUGGCUGCUGUGAAAGCUGUAGUUGCUAUUGCUGCGAUUAUUGCUGGGGGCCGCCUGUUGCUCCGUCCUAUUUACAAGCAAAUUGCUGAGAACCAGAAUGCAGAAAUAUUUUCUGCAAAUACUCUGCUUGUUAUUUUGGGGACUAGUCUCCUUACUGCUAGAGCUGGUUUGUCCAUGGCUUUGGGAGCCUUUUUGGCUGGUUUACUUCUUGCCGAAACUGAGUUUUCUCUGCAGGUUGAAUCAGAUAUUGCUCCAUAUCGUGGCCUUCUAUUGGGCCUUUUCUUCAUGACGGUUGGAAUGUCUAUUGAUCCUAAACUUCUUGUUUCAAACUUUCCUGUUAUAGCGGGGACAUUGGGACUUUUGAUUGCUGGAAAGACCAUAUUAGUCACUUUAGUUGGUAAACUGUUUGGGGUUUCAAUUAUUUCCGCUAUAAGAGUUGGGCUUCUGCUUGCUCCAGGAGGAGAGUUUGCUUUUGUUGCAUUUGGUGAAGCUGUUAAUCAGGGAAUAAUGUCUUCUCAGCUUUCCUCUUUGAUGUUUCUUGUGGUGGGUAUUUCCAUGGCCCUUACACCUUGGCUUGCUGCUGGUGGCCAGUUAAUAGCCUCUCGGUUUGAACUUCAUGAUGUGCGGAGCUUAUUGCCCGUGGAGAGUGAGACUGAUGAUCUGCAAGAUCAUAUAAUCAUAUGUGGAUUUGGACGUGUUGGACAGAUUAUUGCCCAACUUCUCUCAGAACGCCUAAUUCCAUUUGUUGCUCUGGAUGUGAGGAGUGAUCGAGUGACAUUUGGACGUCAACUUGACCUUCCUGUGUACUUUGGUGAUGCUGGUAGUCGGGAGGUUCUCCACAAAGUUGGUGCCGAAAGAGCCUGUGCUGCUGCCAUUACUUUGGAUACUCCUGGUGCAAAUUAUAGAACUGUUUGGGCUCUGAGCAAGUAUUUUCCUAAUGUGAAGACAUUUGUCCGAGCACAUGAUGUCGAUCAUGGGCUCAAUUUGGAAAAGGCUGGGGCAACAGCGGUUGUUCCUGAAACUUUGGAACCAAGUCUGCAGUUGGCUGCAGCUGUCCUUGCACAAGCUAAACUGCCUACGUCAGAGAUUGCAGCAACGAUUAAUGAGUUUAGGUCACGCCAUCUCUCUGAGCUCACCGAGCUAUGUGAAGCUAGUGGAAGUUCUCUUGGUUACGGAUUUAGCAGGGUCAUGAACAAGUCCAAGACGCAGCUAUCCGACUCUGACGAUAAUCAACUAAAGACUGAAAUGGGGUUGUAUUAUUUGCCCCAGAGGAGGGAACCCAAAAAACCAAGAGGGGACCUUUUAAUAGAAGACGAUGAAAGCAUGAAGAAUUGUAUAGCCUUGAUGACUCGUGGUUAUCCAUCUACCCCUGUUGUACAGAAUAUACCGCAACAGUAG